AUGCCAUCUGUGUACACAAGACAAACCACAUCUGCCAUUGUGUUCACAGUGGCUAUCGCUUCCAUCUUGGCCAAAACUAUGACUGUGGUCCUGGCCUUUAGGGCCACUAAGCCAGGGAGCAAGCUCAGGAGGUGGCUGAGAUCAGCAGUAUCUCAUUCCCUCAUUUUCCUUUGUACACUUAUACAGAUGUGCCUCUGCUGCAUCUGGCUGGGGACAGAUCCCCCAUUCCUUGAGGAGGAUACACACUCUGAGGUUUCCUUCAUUGUCAUUCAGUGCAAUGAGGGCUUCCUUGUGAUCUUCUACUGUGUCCUUGGCUACAUGGGCUUCCUGGCGUUGGUCAGCUUUACAUUGGCUUUCCUGGCUAGGAAUCUGCCAGACACUUUCAAUGAAGCCAAGUACCUGACAUUCAGCAUGCUGGUGUUUUGCAGUGUCUGGAUUUCCUUCUUGCCUGCAUAUCAGAGCACCAAGGGGAAGCUCAGCUAUGGCCCAUUUGAUCUUCUCCUGUCUGAUGAGGUCCUGUACCCAUAUGUCUAUCAGCUGGGCAGCAGGGAAUCCACUCUGCACUUGGCAGCAGUUCAACUGAUGCUACAUUUUGGCUGGACUUGGGUGGGGCUGGUUAUUUCAGAUGACCUGACAGGGGAACAAUUCUUCAGGACUCUUAAAGAGGAGAUGGCCUGGAAUGGUAUCUGUCUGGCUUUUACAGAACGAGCUCCUGAACUCUUUCAAAAGGAGCAUGAUGAAUUUAAACUCUUGUCUAGGAUUCUUCGGUCCUCAUCCAAAGUGAUUUUCAUCUAUGGCAACACCAACUCCCUUGGUGAAAUUUCUGAAUUAUUGAAUGAAUAUAAAUUGCAUGGGAAGAUGUUGGUCACCACCUCAUCCUGGGAUUUUUUUGCAGAUUCUAAGAAUAUGAUAAUGAGCAAUUUUCAUGGAACAUUGAUGUUUUCUCAUUUCGAGAGGGAGAUCCCUGGUUUCACAGAUUUCCUAAGCAGUGUGCAUCCCCGUGCCAACCCUGAGGACAUUUUCCAAAAGUCUUUCUGGGAGGUGGUCUUUGAUUGUAAACUUUCAGAAAUAAAUUCUGUCGAUAUAGCACAUGAACGAUGUGAGGAAAAUUCAUCUUUUGCCCACGUACCACAUAUUUAUUUGAACAAGAUCAUAAUUGGGAAGAGUUUUAAUAUCUACAAUGGGGUUUAUUUCUUUGCUCAUGCUCUCCAUCAUAUGCUUCAGACUGAAGCAAGAGAUAUAUCAGAACUUGCAGCAAAACCACUUCUUUCUUGGAAGCUCCACCACUUCCUGAAGUGUGUUAAUCCUGUCUAUGGAUUCCGAGUUGAGUUAUGUGGGGAUGGAACCUCCAUGACUACUGAGGCAUAUAAUAUCCUGAAUUUUAAAUCAUUUCCUGGUAGAUUUUCAGUAGAGGUCAAAGUUGGAGAAGUGAUUCCUCAGGAAAAGGUGUUAAGUAUUAAUGAAGAGGACAUAGAUUGGCCAGAAGAUUUCCCUCAGAUUCCAACUUCUAUAUGCAGUGUGACCUGUAACCCUGGUUACAGAAAACAGUCUCUUGAAGGCCAGCCCAUCUGCUGCUUUGACUGUACCCUUUGCCCUGAUGGGAAGAUUUCCAAUAAAACAGAUGCAGAAGAGUGUAUACAAUGCCCGGAAGAUCAGUACCCAAGCAAGGAGAAAGAUAGAUGCCUGCCCAGGACAGUAACUUAUCUGGCUUAUGAAGAGACUCUGGGAAUGAUUCUGGCCUCUGCAGCUCUCUGCUUCUCCAUUCUCACCACCUUUGUCCUAGGAGUAUUUGUUAUGCACAGAGACACCCCCAUAAUAAAAGCCAAUAAUCGCAGUCUCAGCUACAUUCUGCUUACCUCUCUCACCCUUUGCUUCCUUUCUUCCUUACUCUUCCUUGGUUGUCCCACACCAGCCAUCUGCAUCUUAAGGCAAACCACAUUUGCCAUUGUGUUCACGGUGGCCAUUGCUUCCAUCUUGGCCAAAACCAUCACUGUGGUUCUGGCCUUUAGGGCCACUAAGCCAGGGAGCAAGCUCAGGAGGUGGCUGAGACCAGCAGUAUCUCAUUCCCUCAUUUUCCUUUGUGCCCUUAUACAGAUGUGCCUCUGUAGCAUCUGGCUGGGGACAGAUCCCCCAUUUCUUGAGAUGGAUACACACUCUGAGGUUUCCUUGAUUGUCAUUCAGUGCAAUGAAAGCUCCCUUGUGACCUUCUACUGUGUCCUUGGCUACAUGGGCUUCCUGGCCUUGGUCAGCUUUACAUUGGCUUUCCUGGCAAGGAAUCUGCCAGACACUUUCAAUGAAGCCAAGUACCUGACAUUCAGCAUGCUGGUGUUUUGCAGUGUCUGGAUUUCCUUCUUGCCUGCAUAUCAGAGCACCAAAGGGAAGGCCAUGGUGGCCAUGGAGAUCUUUUCCAUCCUGGUCUCCAGUGCUGGGAUUCUCACCUGUAUCUUUGCUCCCAAAUGCUAUGUGAUACUUCUGUGUUCAGACAGAAACACCCUGAAGAUAAUGAAAAACAAAGCUGAUCACUGA